GACAUUUUUUAUGCACAAUCUUGUUCUACUAAAAUGGAUGAAAUAGACGAAGAACUCUUCGAGGUAGACAAUAGCUGCGGUCAAAACGACUUGGAAACAUCAAGCACCUUGUUAGAGAAUGUCAAUGCUGCAUGUCCAGUUCAGCUGAUGCUUUUGGUCGUUAUGUGGUCCAUGCGUUAUCUGAACUUGACCCAGCCACUAGAAUUUUUGCCCAACAUGAAAUCACUAAUAUUUUGUUCCAAGCUCAAACUGGAGAACUUAGGAGCAAGCACAGUAUCAGCUAGAACGCUUCCACCUUCGCCAGUUAUACAACCACAACAACAGACCUUUCAGCCAAUAUCUAGACCAAACAUUAUUCCUAGACCGUCAGCAAUCCUUAAGUCGCCAGACCAUCAUUUCUUCGGCACGAAUAGUCAACCAUGCAGUAGUAUACCAUCUAUAUAG